UUGUAGGUUUGAGUAGCCAGUUCUGCCAUCACUAACUUGGUCAGCUGAGUUCUGCCAUCACUAACUUGGUCAGCUGAGUUCACUAACUUAGCACUGAUGCCUGUGCUGCAGGUGUUACAGUGUAUUUCAGAGCUUCUUGAACUCGGCAUGUGUGUCUGUGAGUGUGGAAAAUGUCAGUUUCAGGAAAAACUUUGCUUCCGGCCACAGGAGUUGAAAAAAGGGAGCAAGUUUUGUCUUGAGGCUUAAACGCCAUGGCUCAGACGUGCGUUAUUAAGACCGACUGGUCGAAAGAUGGUGCGAGAGACUCGUUAAGGGGAAAGAGACCUCCACUGUGUAGAGUUUCCCCAGAACGUGGCACACAGUCAGGUGGGGUUUGACCGUAGCCCAGCACAGGGGCGGCCAUUGUCGUCUCGGUCCACCCGCUGGGAAGUUAUCCCUCCCUGUUUAUAAAGUGGACGUUGUUUUGCCCCUGCUUUCCUGCAAAAGCCUUUUAUUUGGGCAGCAUCUCUCUUGGUGCUCAAAAUGUUCAUUAGAUACUGCCAUGUCAACAGAUUAGCAUAUAUUUGAUCAUAAUUCUCCAGUUUAUGAGCACCAACGAUAUUGUUGGCUCAAAUUCUAUCACUCCAGUUUCAGUUAAAUGACCCAGAAUUUAGCGAAGUUACCCACCAGGUGAAUCAGUGUCUUUGGUUGAGUUGCCAGAAGAUAGCUUUGUCAGAGGAUCACGUAAGUGGAGAAACAGUUAUCGGUCUGGACUCCAACUUUCACUGCCUGUGCACGCUUAUGGGUCGUCUUCAGUUCUGAAGACUAAAACCGCUCAAGAUUUUAUGUAAACUUUUUUAAUACUAUGUGAAGGCAAGCUAGAUACCCUUAAAAAUGUUUGUUGAGGAAGCUGGACACCUUGUGAAGCUCUACUGAAUGAAGCUGGACACCCUCUGAGCUGUUUGUCGAGGCAGCUUUACACCUUACGGACGUUCCACUAAGGCAGGCUGUACAUCUUAAGGACGUUCCACUAAGGCAGGCUAUACAUCUUAGGGACGUUCCACUAAGACAAGCCGGGCACCCAAACGCUUCACUGGGACCAGCUCACAUACCUUUAGCCUUCCCAUUAAGGUAAGCUGGACACUUAGGGUAUUCCAUUGAGUUAAAGUGGACACCUUGAGGCAAGCCGAACAAACUUCCACCAACACUUUAACUCUUGUGAUUUUUUGUGCUUCCAUUUACGAAGAGUGUAUAACUUAAUGUAAAUAUAUAUUUAACUGUAAAUGAAAUGAAAACUCAAGCGGCCUUCACCGAUCUUUAAACGGUAUUCCUCACCGACAGCCUUUACAUUUAUAUAUAACUCUAAGGAGAGCCUGUUUCAAAGUCUUGCUGACUAGUUGCUUGUAAUAAGCAGUGAGAAGUUGUGUGUGCUUGCAUUAAUAGCAUCAGAGGUGGAAUACUCAGUGUGUAGUCAAGGGAAAAAAUCUUUUAAGCAUCCGAUGUGCUGGUAAGGAUUCUUGAAGUUUUUCUUUCGUCUCAGUAUCAGAUGUGGUGGUAAAAAUGGAAGAAUUCUUUGGGAGCAUUUAGACUGUUCUGUUGUUUCUAGAAGGUAAGGAGCCCUGAACAUUUGAUAAAGAUAUUGUUUCUCACCGAAUACACUGCCAUAGACUUUGAUAGGUGUGAGCAAUAAGAAACAGUUACUGAAAGAGAUAAGAAGUGAACUUAAUCUUAGUGUUAAGUUACGCGAGUUGAUUCGUUGAAAUACGUAAAAAAAAAUGUGUUUAUAUUUUGGUAUAUGAUCAGAUUUUGAGAAAAAAUAGAAGCUUACGUUAAAAUGACAUAGCUGGAAGACUUGAUUUUACUUGGAGAUCUCCUUACGAAUUCUGUAAGUUGUCAUACAUACGCUUAAAAGAUAAGUCCCCGUGCUGCUGAACCUUGAACACUGAACCUGAGGCACAAAUUUUAGAAACCUGUGAUAUUCCACAAGGAGAGAGGCGACACAGGAAAUAUGGUAAAUAACAGUGUCCAGCGUUUUCUAGGAUGAAAUCGUCCGGGUUUGCCACGAGGUAUUGAAACCAUCCUACGGUUUCAUUAGAAGGGGAGGAUGGACGUGGAUUUGGGGUCCCUGCUAACCAGCUUGCUUUUACUGCUGCUGCUGAUCGUCUUCGGGGGAAAGCAGGUAUCUUCACAGCCUUGUGAUGUCGGCCAGAUUUACUGUGAGGAACAUGCCAGCAAGUGUUGUGACACACCAGAGCGGCCAUGGCCGCCACAAGUGGCACCUCAGCCCCGCCUCACCAGUCAUCAAGGUAGUCUCCAGGCACAGCCACUACCCCUGCCACGUAACACUGAUCACCACGUGCCGCCCCUACCACAGGGUGCUCCCCUGCCUCAAAGUGUACCCCCACCACAGGGGGCUCCCCCGCCACGUAACAUUAAUCAUCAAACUCUGCCGCCUAUGCAGACUCCGGCCAUUUAUCUCCACGCUCUACCUCUCUGGACAAACUGGUACUUUUGGGUGACGGUGGCGCUGCUGGUGGUGUCCUGCCUGGCUGGUUGUGGUUACUGGCGAAGGAGGAAGAUUUACGAGUCCUCAGCCUCACAGACCUUGGGUCACACCCACGCUUAUGUCACACCCACGCCCUCAGAUGACACGCCCAUGUAUGGCCCGCCUUUGCCCUUUCUGCCACCCACGCCCUAUCCUGCCCCGCCGCCCUACAGUGAGGCAGCCAGACCUUCCUUUGACCCACUAGAGCAGCACCUCUAUGAUGCUAUGUUGUCAGGUCGUAGUGUGUACGACUUCUAUGAUCGGCGGCACCCAAACGCCUACUACGACCGCUACUUCCUGCCAGAUGAUACAUCAUCAAGUGAAACCACGUCACUUCUCUCUUAUGGCCUCCAUCGUUCAUGUUCCGCCCACCUGCCUCGUCAUCACUCCAUCAGGAAGUGUGAUAUGCGUGCUCCUCCGCCUUACUAUGAGGUGGCAGCUAAACCAGAGUUGUAUCCAGUGGUGGUGAUGAGACAAGGCAUCACUGACAUCAACUCCACUAAGUCCAUGAGUGAUGGUGCUGGCAUCACUCAUCAUCCUGGUGUCUGGCACCAUCCUCCGUGUCACCAUUAUAUUUACAGAUCAGGGUCAGUGUCAACACCUGACGGCUCCCAGAGUUCCAGUAUAACUUAUGGCACGGCUCUCCAGUGUGAUGGUCGUGGUGGCAGCAGCAGUGGUGGUGGUAGUGGUGGUGGUUGUGGUGGUAGUAGUGGUGGUGGGUACAGAGUGUGGUCUCCUGGCUGUGUCUUGGCACUAGCUUCUCCAGCCUCGUCUGUGGGACCCCACGCCUCUGAUGUGUCCAGCCUGCCUCCCACCUCGCCGCCCUCACCACCAGCACCCACCUCGCCCACCCUACCGCCCUCACCUGCCACCAAGGAGCUACGCGACGUUCUUCACAAGAUCAGUCAGUUGCCUGGGGCGGCCUCCCCCCCACCCACAGCUGCCCACACUCCGCUAUCCACCCACUACCUCCCACCCUCCGGCCACGUUCACUAUUGCCGUGGGCGGCGUCCGCUAGGAGCUUCACUCUCCCUUGAGGCUUCAGGUCCCUCACGUCCACGGUCACUGCCCCUGAGUGCUGCUACACCGUCAUCCCCACCAUGUCUGGAUGACCCUCCAUCACCUCUCCUUACAGCAUCCACCUCCACCCCAAAUUUGGCUGCCGCUUGGCCCUCGUCACCUGCCCACACCCAUCUGGUGGCUACCCUGGUGGGUGGCUCACAUGUUCUUCACCACCCAGCUGCACAUGAUCACACUCCAGACCUCAUGCCAGCCCAUGGUGUGUGGGGGAGGGAUGCCACUGACUCUAGGUUUACAUGGAGAGCGAGAAACAGGGCAGGGGAGCGGGUGUAGACUCCCCCACACACACACACACACACACACACACACACACAGGGCCAGGAGCUGUGAAUCAACCCCUGCAACCACAAAUAGGUGAGUAAACACACACACGUGCAUAUCAUGUACAAAGUACUGAGAGGAAUUGACAGGGUGGACAGGGAGAGUCAGAGAGGUUGGUUUCAGGUAUGGGAGGUCACUAUUACAAAUUAAAAUUUUACACAGAUGAGUCACAGGAAUGUUAAGAAAUACAUCUUUAGCCUUAGAGUGGUCAGGAAGUGGAAUGACCCAGACAGCAAAGUGGUAGAGGCAGACUGUACAUACCUUUAAGAAUAGAUAUGACAGGGCUCAUGCACCCAGGAGAGUGAAUCUAGUAGUGGCUAGCAGAAAGACAGGACCAAGAGCUGUGACUUGAUACCUACAACCACAGUUAAGUGAGCGCACACAUACACAGAAUCUAUAUUACAUAGCUUUAAAAGGAGGUACUGCAAAGCUCGUAGAGCAGGGAGAGAGUGGACCUAGUAGUGACCAGUGAAGAGGCAGGGCCAGGAGCUGCAACUCGACCCCUGCAACCACAAAUAGGUGAGUAUACACACAUUAAUGGAAGAAGUGGAGUUCCUUUCACUUCCACAAAGGGGACUCAGAAAAUGGAUCGCUAUUGUAGAAAUAUCAGUCAGCAAACUCACCCUGCAACAGGAACACCAAUUUCUCUUUUAGUUACCCUUAGUAGCCAUGAAUAUUUAUUUAUAUACAACAUAUACAUCUACUGUUUUGUGCAGCUGUGUAAUUUUCCGUGGUUUAAAAACCACGUUUCUGGCUCUAGAAUUUGAUAGCUAAGACAUACAUCAAAACUAUACAAUUAUUUUUAUGACAUAUUCACAUCCCAAAUUGUGUUUUUGGUUAUAAGAGAUAUUAUUGAGAUGAACAGUCUUCAUUUUUGUCUAUUUCAAUACGUUUAUUAAUGAACUUGUUCAUUAAGUGAACAACUCAAGUGACUAAGCAAUGCACUGGAUGGGUGACAAGUGUUAUAAAAUUAAUUAAAUACUACUGUUUUAGACAUACACUGUCUUAACUGGAAAUAUCUGAAGUUGUUUGUAACUACGAAGACUUUUGUUUGCAUAUAUGUUGUGGAUUGUGACAGUUGUUAGGGUGAAAAAGAUGGUGAUUAAAGUGUUUGUAUUGAGUGUAGUGUGUUAGGAUAAUUACACUGUUAAUGUUUUAUAAGUAACCCACACUUAGAGAGGAGCUUUACAUGACAUUUUGGACUUUCCUGGACAUUGUCAAGUCACAGUUGGAAAAUGGCAAAGAAGAGCUGAAGACAGGUUGGUAAGAUGUAAGAGAGAAGGAAUUAGUAAUGAUAAUACAGCCUUUCCUCACUUAGCGACGUACUCAUUUACCGACGACUUGGACUUAUGAAGGGCUCUCUGACCAAUACGCAUACCUAAAUAAUGUUUAUUACAAUAUACAGUACACUACUGUAUAAACAUUUAAAAAUAUACUAAAAUGUUAUAAAUUGUACAAAGAUGACAUUAAAAUAAUAUCAGAGAUGGUUGACACAAACCCAAUGCCAUUAUAGUAUGCUCCUCACUUAUGACAAAUUCCUUCACCGAUGUGGUCUUAGGAACACAACUCCGCCGUUAAGUGAGGAGAGGCUGUAGUGUGUAUUACAUUGUCUUCUGGAGAAGCUGUCAACUUCACCUUCUAACUAACCCAUGUUUCCAAAUUCCAAUGAGCUCAUGAAGGAAUAGUAAGAAGCACUGUAGUUAGCCUGAUGUCUCUUACUAUGAAAGAAAGAAGGGUAAGAUAAGAGAAAGAGAGAAGAUUCUGUUGGGAUGUUUAACCCGAGAGUGUUAGCCACCCAGGAUAAUCCAAGAAAGUCAGUGGGUCAUUGAGGACUGUCAUAUUUCUGUUGAGGCCCUUCAGUCUUGUGCCCCAGGAUGCCACCCACGCCAGUCCAAUAACAAUCAGGUACCUACUUACUGCUAGGUGAACAGUGACAACAAAUGUAAAGAAAAGAGGAAUAAGAAUACGUACAUGACAGAUGAUUAAAAACAGUGAGAAGACAAAGGCAAGAUCCACUGGGAGUCCUGGUCAAGGACUGGGCCAUGAGGGCAUUGACCCCCUAACACCCUCCAGGUAGGUAGGCAGGCCAAGUCAUGAAUGUUCUUAGGAUCAAGAGUAUCUGGCAGUGAAUUAAGUAACAGAUAUCCACUGAAACAAAACCAACACUAAAAUUCAGGCUAUAAAUGUGUAUAAGAGUCAGUUCAACAAAAUGGUGUCUGUGAAGACUAGUCUUGUCAGACGACCAGUUUAUAGGAUGGCUGUGAUCUCUUAACAGAAGAGAGGGUUGUAAGUUGUUAACACUUCUUUUGGGUUCUUUAAGUCUACCAGAAAGAGCAGUCAGUUUCAAAAAAGCAUUGAAAAUAGAAAGAACAAGAAAUAAAGUAGGCAUCAGUAGCACCAGUAACAGAAGUAUGAACUAGGUUACUAUGAAGUGUAUUUAGUUUGGUAAAAUGCAAGUUUGAUAUUCAGAGAAUGGAAGGCAUUAUUAAGAUUUGGUUGAUUAAAAAUACGUAUAGGUAAGGCAAAGUCCAGGAGUUUUUGCAGAAGUGGAUGUAAGAGAGAAGAAAAUCCACUUUAGCAUAUUAAGAAGCAGUGUGUUUGAAAUUGGAGAGGAUACCCAAGGCUAGGUUGGUAGGGUGGUAGACAGCAACCACCCAGGGAGGUACUACUGUCCUAUAAAGUGAGUGUAUUUGUUUUACAUGAUGGUAGGACUGCUAGUGUCUUUUUUCUGUCUCAUAAACAUGCAAGAUUUCAGGUACAUCUUGCUACUUCUACUUACACUUAGGUCACACUAUACAUACAUGUACAUGUACACAUUUAUUGUAUACACACUCAUCUGAGUUUUCUUUGAUUUUAUCUUAAUAGUUCUUGUUCUUAUUGCUUUUCCUUUUAUAACUCAGACAGGAUGGGACUUAUUCAGACAGGAUGGGACUUACUCAGACAGGAUGGGACUUACUCAGACAGGAUGGGACUUACUCAGACAGGAUGGGACUUGUGAUGAAUGGUUUGAAAAACCGACAAGUUGAACAAGUGUAGAAGAAUUCUUUGUAACAAGAUCCCAUGAUGCUGCAGUGUCUGACAGUUGUGAUGAAUGGUUUGAAAAACCGACAAGUUGAAGAUUCAUCACAACUGUCAGACACUACAGCAUCAUGGGAUCUUGUUACAAAGAAUUCUUCUACACUUGUUCAACCUUUGGACGAAGACCUACUUCGACUAGUGGAUGGUACCACUAUGACCCCGCCUCCGCCUGCUUCACCUCACCUCACUACAGUAUAUAAGCCACGUCUACGGCCCUAUGCUGUACAUUCUACAAGAUUGAUGGACUGAACACAUCGACUCCAGGCUGAGGGACUGAUUACCUCAUACUCCACCUCUCCUUACGCCUUCCUCUUUGUAUUGGACUGAUGAAGCCACUGUGUGGCGAAAUGUUUCCUGAAUAAAGAUUCCCAUAUGCUGCAUAGGAUGGGACUUACUCAGACAGGACUGGACUUACUAAGACAGGAUGGGACUUACUCAGACAGGAUGGGACUAAGAAUGGAAUAAGAAUCUUUCCUCCAUCAGCCAUGCGUGUUGUAAAAGUCAACUAAAAUGCCGGGAACAAUGGGCUAGUAAACCUUUUUCCUGUAUAGCUUACUAAAGAGAAAAAGAAGAAAACCAUCAAAGUGGGAUGUCUGAAUGUGCGUGGAUGUUGUGUGAAUGAUAAGAGAGAGAUAAUUGUGGAUGUUAUGAAUGAGAAGAAGCUGGAUGUCCUGGCUCUAAGUGAAACAAAGCUGAAGGGGGUAGGAGAGUUUCAGUGGAGAGAAAUAAAUGGGAUUAGGUCAGGGGUUUCAAAUAGAGUUAGAGCUAAGGAAGGGUAGCAAUAAUGUUGAAGGAUAAGUUAUGGCAGGAAAAGAGGGAAUAUAAAUGUGUUAUUUCAAGGAUUAUGUGGAGUAAAAUUAGGGUUGGAUCUGAAAAGUGGGUUAUAGUAAGCAUUUAUGCACCUGGAGAAGAAAGAAGUGUAGAGGAGAGAGAGAGAGAUUUUGGGAAAUGUUGAGUGAAUGUGUGGGGAGUUUUGAAUCAAGUGUGAGAGUACUUAUGGUUGGGGCUCUCAAUGCUAAAGUGGGUAAAAAUGUUGUGGAGGGAGUAGUAGUUAAAUUUGGGGUGCCAGGGGUAAAUAAAAAUGGGGAGCCUUUAAUUGAGCUAUGUGUAGAAAGAGGUUUGGUAAUAAAACAUAUUUUAUGAAAAAGAGGAUAAGUAAGUAUACAAGGUAUGAUACAGCACAUAAUGAUAGUACGUAGUUUAUUAGAUUAUGUAUUGGUGGAUAAAAGGUUGAUGGGUAGGCUUCAGGAUGUACGUGUUUACAGAGGGGCAACUGAUAUAUCGGAUCAUUAUUUAGUUGUAGCUACAGUUAGAGUAAGAGGUAGAUGGGACAAAAGGAAAAUGGCAACAGCAAGUAAGAGAGAGGUGGUGUAUAAACUAAGGGAGGAGGAAGUUAGGGCGAGAUAUAAACAACUAUUGGCAGAAAGGUGGGCUACUGCAAGUAUGAGUAGUGGGAGGGUUGAAGAGGGUUGGAAUAGUUUCAAAAAUGCAGUAUUAGAAUGUGGGGCAGAAGUUUGUGGCUAUAGGAGGGUGAAUGCAGGAGGAAAGAGGAGUGAUUAGUGGAAUGAUGAAGUAAAGGGUGUGAUAAAAGAGAAAAAGGUAGCUUAUGAGAGGUUUUUACAAAGCAGAAGUGUUAUAAGAAGAGCAGAGUAUAUGGAGAGUAAAAGAAAGGUGAAGAGAGUGGUGAGAGAGUGCAAAAGGAGAACAGAUGAUAGAGUGGGAGAGGCGCUGUCAAGAAGUUUUAAUGAAAAUAAGAAAAAAUUUUGAAGUGAGAUAAACAAGUUAAGAAAGCCUAGGGAAAGAAUGGAUUUGUCAGGGGAGUUAGUAGAUGGGGAGAUGGAGGUAUUGGGUAGAUGGUGGGAAUAUUUUCAGGAACUUUUAAAUGUCGGUGAAGAAAGGGAGGCGGUAAUUUCAUGCACUGGCCAGGGAGGUAUAACAUCUUUUAGGAGUGACGAAGAGCAGGAUGUGAGUAUGGGGGAGGUGCGUGAGGCAUUACGUAGAAUGAAAGGGGGUAAAGCAGCUGGAACUGACAGGAUCAUGACAAAUGUUAAAAGCAGGGGGAGAUAUAGUGUUGGAGUGGUUGGUAUUUUUGUUUAAUAAAUAAAUGUAUGAAAGAGGGGAAGGUACCUUGGGAUUGGCAGAGAGCAUGUAUAGUUCCUUUAUAUAAAGGGAAGGGGGACAAAAGAGAUUGUAAAAAUUAUAGGGGAAUAAGUUUACUGAGUAUACCAGGAAAAGUGUAAGGUAGAGUUAUUAUUGAAAGAAUUAGAGGUAAGACAGAAUGUAGGAUUGCAGAUGAGCAAGGAGGUUUCAGAGUGGGUAGGGGAUGUGUAGAUCAAGUGUUUACAUUGAAGCAUAUAUGUUAACAGUAUUUAGAUAAAGGUAGGGAUUUCAUUGUAUUUAUGGAUUUAGAAAAGGCAUAUGAUACACAAAUAACCCGCACAUAGAAGA